CUCCAUCGCCAGCCAAGCAACGAGCAAAAAUGGAUGACAUUGUGGUGGUAGCCCCAGGAACACAGUCUUCUCGGAAUGUCAGCAAUGAUCCAGAUGUCAUAAAACUGCAGGAAAUUCCAACUUUCCAACCCCUUUUGAAAGGACACCUCAGUGGGCAGACCUCUCAGACCAACACCAAACUGGAAAAGCUGGACCCCCAGCAGGUGCUGCAGCUCUGUCUCCGGUACCAGGAUCAUCUUCACCAGUGUGCAGAGGCGGUUGCUUUUGAUCAGAACGCGCUCGUGAAGCGGAUCAAGGAGAUGGAUCUCUCCGUGGAAACUCUUUAUAGCUUCAUGCAGGAGCGCCAGAAGAAGUAUGCCAAGUAUGCAGAGCAGAUCCAGAAGGUCAACGAGAUGUCUGCCAUCCUCCGCCGUAUCCAGAUGGGCAUCGACCAGACGAUCCCACUGAUGGAGCGCCUCAACAGCAUGUUGCCCGAGAGCGAGAGGCUGGAGCCCUUCAGCAUGAAACCCGACCGGGAGCUGAAGUCUUAGCUGAUCCCAGAGGCUCCCCCUUCCUCACCUUCUGUGCUCCGGCGUCCAGCACAGACACGCUUCCAACGGGCUGGACUGGCAGAUGCUUGAAGCGGACGGCGGUGCUGCCUGACUCUCUGCCAGGCCGUCGGAGGAAGAGCAGCGUCAGCUGCCAGAACUGUGCAGCCAGGAAUCCAGGAGCUCCCCGGUCCCGUCGUCUGGAGAAGAUGAUUUACCAUUCUUUCAUCUCCCUCCUCUUGCCCUCCUGUCUCCUUCACUACCACCGCCUGUGCCGAGACAUUUCUUUCCUUGCUGUGACUAGAUUGGGGUUUACAGAGGAGUUUUCUUUCAUCUGGGUUUUGGUUGUUUUUUUUUUUACUAGAAAAAUUCAAAGGGAUACAGGGUGUGAUAAACCCUCUCACAUGGUUUUUGCACCACUGGGGUUUAGACAGUUAGAUGGCUGGCAGGUAUUUCUGAGAUCCCCUGGCCUCAGAAAUACGUGUGUUUUAUGGGUGAAAGUGCGGGAGCCAGGAACUGGCUUAUUAAAAUCUGCCUAUUGUCAUAAUUAAUGUGGUUUGCAUGGCAGGGUUUUGGCACGUCCUCCUUGAGGCUCCUGUUUUUUUUAUGGGCUCACUAAUUUAUGAGGCUGUAAAGGAAUAACUGUUCCAGAUAUGUCUGCUAAUGUUAAGCAAAUCUUCGCAUUCCUCUUCCCCCUUGCCCUGGCAGUGUCCCCGUGGUGGCAUUUUGUGUCCCUCACCUUGCACGGUGAUUCUGACAGGCACUCGCACUGAGCUGCUCACUUUGCAUCCCAAAGCUGGACAUCAGGUGUCUUUUUUUUCUUACGUUUUUAUUGGGACACUCCAGUUACCUUGGUGCUGUCUUUUUUACCACAGGGGAUGAAGUUGUUUUUGUACCUUCGAGUGUUACGGAGUUGGAGGGGGCAGACAUAAGAAGUCCUUUAGGUCUUUGCAGUGGUUUAGCUGAUCUCAGCCCAGAGCUCACCUAAGCGCAGUGUUUCAUGACUGAAACCACGUGGCCCUUCAGGGCUGCACUCAGCAAACUGCUCCAAAGGCCACAGGGUGGUUUUUGUCUUCUCCAGAGCCAAGGGCCCUGCUGGAAGUCAGGUGGGGUGUCCGUGCACCGGGGUGUCCACACUGCCCGGGCCCUGCUGGGCUGGCCCGUAGGAGAUGGGUUGGUUGCCAGUUCUUCCCCAGUCUGCUGGCUGCAGGUGAUUUGUAGCACCUCUCCGAGCUUUGGUUUCUCCCUUUAUAAAACAGGGGGGAUGUUUUACACGCUGCUGUAAAAAUAUUUAUGGAUCUAGAAAUAGGAUUUAACAGCCAGUGUCACCAUUGCUCUUGUUUGCAGCAGGAAGAGGGUGAAACCACAAGUGAGGAGCCCUUGGUUUGCUGGGUCAGGGGUAGGUUUGUGGGUGUUGUGUUAGUCUCAGGACGCUGUUGCUGGUGAGGAGGCUGAAGCAGUGCCCGGGGACCCCAGGGGUGGUUGGUUGUGUGUCAGGAGCACAGUUCCAGUGGCAAGGACAGCCCUUUUUGAGGGAGUCAGCAAUGACCCAUCUUCCAGGCCAGCACAAACCUAGGCAGCUUGCCAAAGGUGACUUGCUUUGAUACCUCUUAGAGCUUAAGAGCACUUAAUCAGCAAAAGAUUGUCUCUGAGCAUUUGGGAAUAAGAGCACAGUAGGUUUUUGAUGGUAUUAAUUACUGCCUGGUGGCAGGAAGCAACAGGCUGUUCUCUUGUUGCAUUCCCAAAGGCCGUGUAGCCUAGGGUGAAUUUUUGUGACGCAGACUGCAGCCAACUUAGGUGUGUAUCGGAACCAUAGUGGUGAUUGGGCCCCGGAGCCUGCUGAACUCUCUCUGAAAGCAGAAUCCUGUAGAAAUGAAGCCCUCUGGAAUGAUGCCCUGGGAAGAGCGAUGCCUCAGAGAGGGCAAGGAACUCAGCAGGAGAUUUUUCUAGUAAGGGCAGCAGUGUGGGCCUUGUCUGCUUCUUCCAUCCCAGAGUUGUUAGGUUGUAUAUACAUAGGUGUACGCUGUAUGUUGCACAGGACUAUAACGUCGGGUUUCCAUCCUUCCUCACCCACCCUGCAGUAUUUUACACUUUGUUAAAAGCUCAUGUGAGACUUAACAACCCAUAAAAAUCUUCUUUGUUGUGGCCACACCCACGAGGGUCCUCGCUGUCCAUCGUGGAAUAUGUCUCUGCCUCCCGUCACCAGACACACCAGAAUAUGCAGCAGCUUUAAAUAGCAGCUGCUGGAGGGGUUUUUUUGUCCUCUUCAUCCAGAUGAUGCUGUCUGGAAGUUUAGAAUGUGCGACAUUCAGCCGUCUGCCAGGCAGGAUCAUGGAUAUCCCACACCCCGGCGUGCUGGAAGCCUAUACGGGUGGGAAGAUCCUGGUGUUGGAUCUCGAGGCAGGGGCCGGGCUGCAGAUGCUCUCUCCUGUAAAGCUUCUGGACGUUUGGCCUCGUGCUAUUGAGUGUCAGAUCAAAGCAUUGCUCCUCGCGGCGCUAAUGAGGGCGAGCGAGUAGAAUUCCCCUCUGAAAGCUGCAGGAGGGCUGCAAAUCAGUUCCUUCCUUAUUUUGCUAUAAAACACUUAGACAUUGGGCUGAUAAUGGGAGAUGGCCUUUAGGCUUGGGGAUGUGCUGCUGGGCCUCCCAGCUGCAGCUCUCUGAGCAGCAAGUUGUGGAAAAUGCUAAUAGCUUAACAGCAAUCAGAGCUGGAACACAAAGGCCAACCUCUUCCAAAGCCCACAGGUUGUCAGCUUCAUCCCACAGGUGGUGAAGUGUUGUGUGGGUACUGUAAGGUAACGUGCACCCUCUGACCUCUCCAGUGAUGGUUUACAGUUUUAUUUAAAACAUUGUCACUGGCUUCAUUAACUGUAAGUCUUUGGACCUCUCACUGAGGGGAAGGCGUUUCCUGGCCCGUCUCCUUGAGCUGCUGCUUGUUGCUUGGCUGCUCCUCGCUGGCUUUGCUCUGUGUGCUGCUGUCAGCUCCAUCUCCGGUGCAGGUGAUGCUCAAGGUGAGACUGUUGCUUUACUCCCUUUCCCACUGUUGAAGAGAUUUGAGAUGUGACUGGAAUUACCUUUUUGCUUAUAAAUCUUCUUUUCCAAGCCAAAUGCUGUUGGAGAAGGCCUCAGGUAUCUCUCACAAAUGUAGUAGCCAUUACUUCUGCCACAAAAUAAUCUGGUGUGCUCUGCUGAAAACACAUUUCUGCCUUUUUCUGCUUUCUGGUCUGAAGUAGAGGCUAAGCUUCUUGAAAUGCAAACUCCUGCAGUGCUGGAGAACAGGGCGAGUCUCUGGGUCUGUGGUUCCCCUCUGGCCUGAGCUGCUCUGGUUCUUCCCGACCCUGCUGCUGCCACCCUCCCUUUUUGUGCUGGUGCUUGUUGCACCCGAGGCUGGUCAGUGUGCUACACGCACAGGAGAGGUUUGCUUUGUUGUUUUUGUUGUUUUUGUAAUUUAAUGCAUUGACAGGGUGCUAAAGUGCCAACCUACAUGCAGGGCAAUUUCUGUGAAGGUCUGGUGAGGGGGACAGAAAAUAGUUUUCGGGUUUUUAAAAAUAUAUGUAUUUUAAAUUAAAUAUAUUUAAAUAUAUUUAAAUAUUUAAAAGUGUGUUUUCCCCUCCUCUAAGCUUUUACACAGAGUAGAAAUAGACGUUUUUCACCGGCCCGGUUGUUGCGUGAGCCAGCCCCUCCCUCUCAGACCGAGUGCCAGAGGUUUCCUGAGGUACCAUUGUAACGUCCCUCCCGUUCCCGAGCUGCCCGGGUGUAUUUUGGUUACCAGCCUCGUGGCUGAGCACCCCUUGGUUUAUGGGUGGUUAUCCUCUUUGCAGACUUGCUCUCUCCUUUCGGCUCCCUACAUGCUACGUGUUCCACAGCUCCAGCAUUAAAACGUUUGGUAUCACUCU